GUGCAAGUCAGUUCCAAUUCCACCAGAGUUUCCCCAAAGCUGCUUGAAAAGUGGUUUCCUACGCCUUGGAGUUUGGACAUCCUGUUCGCACGUAGAGACAUUUCGACCUCACCUUUCGCGACGACAGCCCAGCAUGUUUCGCUCAAAGCUCGUCUUGUCCAGCAGGACCCUCCUGCGUGCCAACAAUGCGCUUGCCCAACAACCAAUGAGAAGCUCGCAAGUCCUAUGCAGCUCUGGGAGGAGGACUUUCGCUAGCUUGUCUUCCAUCGGACAGGUCAUCGAAAACACUGUUGACAUCCACUCCGACGAGUUCAAGGAAAACGCAGCGGCCCAAGAUCAGUUGGUGAAGCAGCUUAGGGAGGAUGUCGAUAAGAUAAAGCAAGGAGGCGGACUAGAAGCACGGAAACGCCACCUCUCCCGGAAGAAGCUUCUACCACGCGACAGAGUCGACGCCCUCAUAGAUCCCGGAUCGCCAUUCCUCGAACUCUCACAAUUUGCUGGAUACAAGCUGUAUGAGGAUGACGUUCCGGCAGGAGGAAUCAUCACGGGAAUCGGGCGGGUCAGCGGAGUGGAAUGCGUCAUUGUGGCAAACGAUUCCACUGUCAAGGGAGGAACCUACUAUCCUAUUACUGUGAAAAAGCACUUGCGUGCACAAGAGAUUGCAAGGGAAAACAAGUUGCCUUGUAUCUACUUAGUCGAUUCCGGAGGUGCCAACCUGCCGAGACAGGCGGAUGUGUUCCCGGACAAAGAGCAUUUCGGAAGAAUCUUCUACAAUCAGGCGACCAUGUCAGGAGCUGGUAUUCCCCAGGUCGCGAUUGUCCUCGGGUCCUGUACUGCUGGAGGAGCAUAUGUGCCAGCGAUGGCUGAUGAGAGUGUGAUUGUCAAGAACCAGGGAACUAUUUUCCUCGCCGGGCCGCCGCUUGUGAAAGCUGCAACGGGAGAAGUCAUCUCCGCCGAAGAACUCGGUGGUGCCGAUCUCCACUGCAAGACCUCCGGCGUCACAGACUACUACGCCCACUCCGACGCGCACGCCCUCUCCCUCGGCCGCCAAAUCGUCGCCAACCUGAACUACAAGAAGCAACCCAGCGUCACGCUCACCGCUCCCGAGCCGCCAUUGUACUCCCCCGAAGAGAUUGGAGGCAUUGUCGGCGACAAUCUGAGGAAACCGUAUGAUGUUCGACAGGUUAUUGCAAGGAUUGUGGAUGGGAGUCGGUUUAGCGAGUUCAAGGAGUUCUAUGGGACUUCUCUUAUCACUGGGUUUGCGAGGAUCCACGGCUUCCCUGUCGGAAUCGUCGCGAACAACGGAAUUCUGUUCUCCGAGUCCUCCUUGAAGGGAGCGCACUUUGUGCAACUGUGCAGCAAACGGGGUAUUCCGUUGGUCUUCUUGCAGAACAUUACUGGUUUCAUGGUCGGCAAGAACGCCGAGGCCGGCGGGAUUGCCAAGAACGGUGCCAAGCUCGUAACCGCCGUUGCUUGUGCCAAUGUUCCAAAGUUUACGAUUUUGUGUGGAGGAUCCUUCGGAGCAGGAAACUACGGAAUGUGUGGCAGAGCAUACAGCCCUCGUUUCUUGUGGACAUGGCCCAACUCCCGUAUCAGCGUAAUGGGAGGCGAGCAGGCUUCCAAUGUUCUGGCGCAGAUCACUCGAGAUGCAAAGGCGAAGAAGGGACAGGAGUGGGCCGUGGAAGAAGAAGAAGCCUUCAAGAAACCUAUCCGGGAGCGAUACGAGUCUGAAGGACACCCCUACUUCGCCAGCGCACGAUUGUGGGACGACGGAAUCAUCACCCCCUCCUCCACCCGCGAUGUGCUCGGACUCGGUCUGAGCGCGGCACUGAGCAAGCCGGUUAACGAGACCCAGUUUGGUGUUUUCCGUAUGUAGAAGUCGGGAUAGACGGUCCCUCGGACGCACCAUCUGUACAGUAUGUAGAGUCCAUAUAGAUUCGCAGACAGUUUGCUGCUGUUUUCCAUAUCAUGCUUCAUUUCUGUGACUGGCUUUACGUUUUUUUUUCUAAUUCAUAUGGAGGGCAAUCACGCAUUUUUCAA